ACCGCCAUCGCUUUCGCUUUGCAGCGCUCCGGGGGCUCGGCCGGGCCGGGCCGGGCAGGGCAGGCAGGGCCGGGCAGGGCAGGCAGGGCAGGCAGGGCUGUGCAGGCAGGGCUGUGCAGGCAGCGCCGGCAGGGCUGCCCUCAGGCCGUGCCUGGGGCAUAGGCAAGGGCUUCUGCCCGGCUCGGUGCACCCACGCCCGAGGAAGGAGCGGGGCUCCCGGCACAGCCCGGUGCGGGGAUGCAGGCGAGCCUGCUCAGGGCGCUGGGAUGGAGCUCGACGGCCGUGCUGGGAGUGCUGGGGGUGGCCGUCUUCCUCCUGGUCCUGACCCCUGCGAAGGAUGCUGCCCUUCCUACAAGGAACAAAUACGGUCUGGUGUUUGAUGCCGGCUCCACGCACACAGCUCUCUACAUCUACCGGUGGCCCGCGGACAAGGAGAACGGCACCGGCAUCAUCUCCCAGGUGGCAGCCUGCACUGUGUCCGGACCCGGCAUCUCCAGCUACGCAGACAACCCCGCCGAGGCUGGAGCCAGCCUGAAGCCCUGCCUGGAGACGGCCAUGCAGAUCGUGCCGGCAGAGCAGCAGCGGGAGACCCCCACCUACCUGGGGGCCACAGCGGGCAUGCGGCUGCUGAGGGAGCAGAACAGCACCAAGGCCGAGCAGGUCUUCGCCGAGGUCGCCAAGGCCAUUGGCGAGUACCCCGUGGACUUCCGCGGAGCCCGGAUCCUCACGGGGAACGAGGAGGGCUCCUUGGGCUGGAUCACCGUCAACUACCUGCUGGAGACGCUGGUCAAGUUUUCCUUUGCAGAGGAAUGGGAACAUCCACAGACCACGGAGGUUCUGGGAGCUCUGGACCUUGGAGGUGCCUCGACACAAAUAACCUUCCAGCCUGGAGUCACCAUUGAGGACAAGAACACCUCCGUCCUCUUCCGGCUGUACGGCACCAACUACUCGCUCUACACCCACAGCUACCUCUGCUACGGGCAGACGCAGGCCCUGAAGAGGCUGCUGGCAGCUCUCCACCAGGGCAGCCCGUCUACCCCGCAGAUAUCCCACCCCUGCUACCCCAAGGGGUACCGGGAGAACGUCACCACGGCAGACCUCUACGGCACUCCCUGUGUCCGUGCACCAAGCACACCCGGCCCUGCACAGGUCCUCACGGUGACGGGGACAGGGAACCCCGCGGAGUGCAGGACCGCCAUCCAGAAACUCUUCAACUUCAGCUGUGGGGCCAACAGGACGUGCGGGUUCAACGGGGUUUAUCAGCCGCCCGUGCGGGGACAGUUCUUCGCCUUUUCGGGGCUUUAUCACAACCUUCACUUUCUGAACCUGACCGGAGGGCAGUCCCUGAGCUCAGUCGAUGCCACCGUCGAGCAGUUCUGCAACAGCAGCUGGGAGAAGGUGCAGAAGGAGUUCCCCACCAUGAACCGGACCCAGCUCCGUGACGCCUGCGCAGCCAGCUCCUACACCCUCACCCUUCUCCUGCAAGGCUACAAGUUCAACCACACGACGUGGCUUAACAUCCACUUUGUCCGGCAGGUCUCUAACGUAGACGUGGGCUGGACUCUGGGCUACAUGCUCAAUCUCACCAACAUGAUUCCCUCGGAGACUCCCCCGAGAGUCAUAGGGCUCCAGAGAACCAACUGGAUAGCAGCCACGGUUUUACUGGCCAUCAUGCUCAUCCUCAUCUUCUGCCUGCUCACAGCCUUGUGCUGCCAGAAAAACUCCUUUGGUUAUGAGAGUCUCUAGCAGAGCUGGCUCUGGAGGCUGCCGAAGCCACUUCGUCCUUCUGCCGUGCUGUGCCAGGAGCUGCAGACUGGGGAAUCACCCCCACAUGCCCAGGAGCUAUGAACUUGUAGUGGGGGGCGCCUGUGUCCUGGCCUGGUGAGCUGGAUCUG